UCAAAUGCUGCCGGAGCAACAAGAUCCGGCACCGGAAUCAGGACGCCGGCGAAUUCCCCAGACAGCACUGGCAAGACAGAGGCAGAGGGCCGGGCGGAUGACGGUGAACGAUUUGAAGGACUAUCUUCACCUUCCGAUCAGCGAGGCGGCGAAGAAGAUGAAUCUCUGUCUCACCGUCGUCAAGAAGAUCUGCCGCCGGAGUGGCCUCCGCCGCUGGCCUUACAGAAAGGUGAAGAGUUAUCAGAGGAAAAUGGGAGCUUUAGGGACGAGAUUGAGAUCUAGAGAUGCAGAGACGAGGAACAGAGCAGAGGCCGAGAUGGAGAGGCUGCGCCAAGAACUGGCUCAGUUUUGCGCCGGAAUUGUACCUGCUUAAAACGUCGUCGCUUUG